AGCGGCUCAGAUGUCCCGGUAGUCGCGGCUCUGGCGCUCCGCACCCUCCGUCUGCGGCAGCGGGGGCUGGCGGCCCCGGCCCCUGCCCGGCCCCCUCCCCCAACCUCAUGCCUCAGCCCUAACCCCACCGCCCUCCCCUGCGGGGGGCCUUUCUCCGUGUCCCCCGCCCACUCCGUCCACUUCGGGCGCCAUGAACGACCAGUACCACCGGGCAGCCCGGGAUGGCUACCUGGAGCUCCUCAAGGAGGCCACCCGGAAGGAGCUGAAUGCCCCCGACGAGGAUGGCAUGACCCCAACUCUCUGGGCUGCCUACCACGGCAACCUGGAGUCGCUGCGCCUCAUUGUGAGCCGCGGGGGUGACCCGGACAAGUGUGACAUCUGGGGCAACACACCCCUGCACCUGGCAGCUUCCAAUGGCCACUUGCACUGCCUGUCCUUCCUGGUGUCCUUCGGGGCCAACAUCUGGUGCCUAGACAACGACUACCACACGCCACUGGACAUGGCUGCCAUGAAGGGCCACAUGGAAUGCGUGCGCUACCUGGACUCCAUCGCGGCCAAGCAGAGCAGCCUCAACCCCAAGCUAGUAGGUAAGCUGAAGGACAAGGCCUUCCGCGAGGCGGAGCGGCGCAUCCGCGAGUGCGCCAAGCUGCAGCGCAAGCACCACGAACGCAUGGAGCGGCGCUACCGGCGCGAGCUGGCCGAGCGCUCCGACACCCUCAGUUUCUCCAGCCUCACGUCCAGCACCCUGAGCCGCCGGCUGCAGCACCUGGCGCUGGGCAGCCACCUGCCGUACUCGCAGGCCACGCUGUACGGCACGGCCAGGGGCAAGACCAAGAUACAGAAGAAGCUGGAGCGGCGCAAGCAGGGCGGCGAAGGCACUUUCAAAGUCUCCGAGGAUGGGCGCAAGAGCGCCCGCUCGCUCUCGGGCCUGCAGCUGGGCAACGACGUGAUGUUCGUGCGCCAGGGCACCUACGCCAAUCCCAAGGAGUGGGGCCGAGCCCCGCUCCGGGACAUGUUCCUCUCGGACGAGGACAGUGUCUCCCGUGCCACGCUGGCAGCCGAGCCUGCCCACUCGGAGGUCAGCACCGACUCAGGCCACGACUCCCUCUUUACCCGCCCCGGCCUGGGCACCAUGGUGUUCCGCAGAAAUUACUUGAGCAGUGGGCUGCACGGACUGGGCCGCGAGGAUGGGGGGCUGGACGGGAUGGGAGCGCCUCGGGGUCGGCUGCAGAGCUCCCCCAGCCUGGACGAUGACAGCCUGGGCAGUGCCAACAGCCUGCAGGACCGCAGCUGUGGGGAGGAGCUGCCCUGGGACGAGCUGGACUUAGGCUUGGACGAGGACCUGGAGCCCGAGACCAGCCCGCUGGAGACCUUUCUGGCCUCUCUGCACAUGGAGGACUUUGCCGCCCUCCUGCGGCAGGAGAAGAUUGACCUGGAGGCUCUGAUGCUGUGCUCUGACCUCGACCUCCGCAGCAUCAGCGUCCCCCUGGGGCCCCGAAAGAAGAUCUUGGGGGCCGUGAGGAGGCGGCGGCAGGCGAUGGAACGCCCGCCGGCCCUGGAGGACACAGAGCUAUAACGGGGGGCUCCUCUCCCCAGACCAAAAUGAAUUGCAAGUUGCCACAACCUGUGGUGGGGCCUCAAGGUCCUCACAGUCGCCAGCCCUGCAGCCCCCUUCCCCAGGAGCAAGGACCACGUGGGUCGACUCCUUUGAAAGGCUGUCCACACCUUGAAGCAGAGGGUGUAGCCUGGAGGCACCAGAGGGGCAAGAGAAUGUCCCCUCCAAUUCUGAGGGGUCUCAAAGGCCCUGAGCCACCCAUUCUGAGCAGCCCUAAAGGACAUGUAGACUUGGGGGAGGCUUACCCCAGAGGGAGGGCAGGGGCAUGGAACUGGAUGGGAGUGUGGGAGGUGGAUGCCGGAGGGCGUGCCUGUCCCGGGUGCCGUGGCCUCUCCCACCCCUCCCCUGAUGGUCUUGUUCUCUUGUGCUCAGGCCGGAGACUUGCUCACUUCCUGCAUUUUUGUGAAGGGAAGAGUUUGGGCUGCCUCCCCUCUUCCAGUCCACCCCAGAGGGGAAGUUUCUCAGCCAGACUCUUCAGCCAAAUGCCCCAACUUUCAGUCUGCACCCAUUUUAAGCACAGCCAGCAUCCCCUCCUUCAGCCAGUGGCCAAGGCUUGGAGCUGGAGAGCCAGGCUGGGGGUACUGACGCCCUUCCCAGCUCAUCCAGGGAUGGAGCCUGGCCUGUCUUCCUCCAGCCUCCCGCUUUUUCAUUGUGCAGCCUGGCCCCGCCAGGGACCCCAGAGGGCCAGGGCACUAGAUGCAAGGUGCUAGACCAACAGGCUGCAGUGUUAUAGCCCCCAGGCCUGGCAGGCAUGCGCUGGGCCAGAGAAAGGUGUCUGCCAACCUCCUCAGUCUCCCAGGCCUGGGACAGGCAGAACAGGGUGUGGCUGGGUGUUGGGCCUGGGUUGGGUAAGUCCUGCGAUAUGGAGAAAGUGGAUAAUCUAAACUGCAGAUUGUCCCCAGGUCACCAGGGCUGUGUGUGUGCGUGUAUGUAUGUGUGUGCGUGCAUGUGUGUGUACGUGUGUGGUGUGUGUGCUCUUG